AUUAGGUUCUUGUUCCCACGCCUUAAUAAGUCUAAUCCUGCAGUUCCGCGCUGCGCCAUUCCUCCUCGCAGACAGGGGGCAGCAGUGCCCGGAGCUCAGUCAACUCUUCUUCUCUUACUCUCUGCUCGAGGCUACAGAGGUGCUAACAACCAACCCGCUAAAGAGGGGCAAUAAACCCAAAAUACGGACUUUAAACAUCCAAAAAACACAAUUUCUGAGGAAAACUGGACUAUAAACUGUUAAACGGGGAGCACAGUGCUGGAGUACGCACUCAUUUACACGGAGUUUCAGUGUUAGCGCUGUGCUAACGGAGUCUAACCGCGUAUUUCCCGCCUGGACUAGCUAACCUAACCUAAAUAACGUUAUUUAUCUAACGCUAACGCUAAUACCAAUAGACUUUUAAUAAAACUCACAGUAAAACAUUAAAACGCGUAAGAUUAAAGCGCUUAUACUGGAGGUUUUGCAGAGAGCUGUUGAGGUAUAGUGUGUGUGUGUUUAUAUCUGUGAAAAAUAUCUGUUAUAAAAGCUAGGUUAACUAGCUAGUUUUUAACUAGCUUUUUAAAUCAGAUUUUAGACUUACAGAGAUUAUUUUUUUAUCACCAAACACAGACACAGUCCACAUUAUAGUGGAAACUGUUGCUCUACACUGGAUUAUUUUAUAAUGUGUAACAUUUAUAUAGCUGAAAUCAAGCAUCUGUGCAGAACUGAUAACCUAGCUAGGUUAAGUGUCCACAGUGAUAGCUAAUUAUUUGUUUUAACAUACAUUAUUUAUGGAUACCUGGACAAAAGGCUGAUAAAGAAGGUCUAAUAACGUUACAUACAUAUAUAUGGUAUAAACAUGUAAUUCUAAUUGCUGUAAUGUUUUUGUAUAUUCAGAAUGGGAGGGUUUUUACACAGAUUUACAGUAAAUCAGCUCUAGUCUGAGAUGUCUCUGAUUUUUAUUUCUGAAUUUCUUCAUUGUCCGUGGGUUGGCCUCCAACCAGGCUGAUUGCAUUAUUAGGAUUAUUUUUUUUUUGUUAUACUUGACCUCUCUGUCUGCUUUGGGACUGUAUCUGUAUUCAUCCACCGAGAUGAACCCUUCAAGCGCCACCUCACUGUACUUGUCCACCUGCCGGGCAGCUCUCAGGUGUGACCCCCAGGUACCUGAAAGCUUCACAGAGCUCUACAACCUGCUGCCCUUCUUUAGGGAUGCGCUGUCCUGCCUGGUGUGCGGGAAUUUGCUGCAGGACCCGGUGACCCCGCUUGCUGCCUCAUGUCAGCACUGCAUCUGCCGAGGCUGUGAAGGUGAUAUUCUGAAGCUGAAGAUGUGCAGCUGCUGCAGGAACGCCCAGCAGUUUGAGGAUAACAAGCACCUGCAGGUUCUGGUGGGCUGCUACCGGAGCCUGUGCGAGUAUGUGUGGGUCAUAGUCACAGCGGAGCAGAGCAUGUCGCGAGUCACAGGCCAUGCUGAGGUGAUGAAUAUGCUGGAGGAGGUGCUGGGGAUGAAGGAGGAGCUGGAUGUUCCUCAGGAGAAUUUGGACAGCACUGAAAUUUCUGAAACUACAGCAGAGACAGGUUCAAUAAGCCAGAUCGCCUCUGAAAUUAAGACUGAUUCUAAGGCUGUGUUGGAUGACCAGCAGAAAGAACAUGUGCCGUCUUCUACAGAGGUCAAAAUUGAGCUGGAUUCAUUCAGGCCGGUUUUAUCUCCUGGCUUUGGUCAUAAUCUGGCUAUGCAGCAGAUCAGUACUGAAGCGAUUGCUAUAAGUGUGUCAAAUGGCAAUAAUGGCAGCCAUUGUGAAAGCACUGAUCAAAUUCUUCUCACCGUAGAAGAAGUUCUGAACAGCCUUGAGUCUGAUUGUCCCUCCAAACUGGCCAAGCUGGAAGCACCGCCAAGUGACAUCAGAAGUUCUGUUGAGCCUAUCCAGACUUUUCGGUCUACACCCAGUGGUGCUGUGGCACCAGCACAUCCACAGCAGCCUCAGACAGGCACCACCUGCCAGACAACAUCCCACAGGAAGGUUCAACUGAGCCGGAAACGUUCCCGCUCUGAGAGCGACAGUGAGAUGCUGCAGCCUCUGCCCAUCACCUCCUUCACCCAGAAACCCUCCGUGGCCGCCACAGUGCCGCCUCAGGCAGCAUUUGAGCCAAAAGCUCCGAAACUGCCCACCGUGCCCCAAAAUGGAGCAGUUCUGAAGGUCAGCAAGGCAGUGCUGGACUCCACAAAGAACAUUCAGAAGAACACUGAGAGCAUUGGGCCCAAAAAGGUCCCCACAAAGACUAAGGUUAGCACCCCUAAGCCCAAACCCAAGCCCAAGGUGUCUGAUGGUGUGCACACAGGAAACCCCCCUAAAGUGGCGUACAAAAAGCCCCCAGAGAAGAAAGGCUGUAAGUGCGGACGAGCCACGCAGAACCCAAGUGUCCUUACCUGCAGGGGGCAGCGCUGUCCGUGCUACUCAAACCGCAAAGCUUGCCUGGACUGCAUCUGCAGGGGCUGCCAGAAUUCUUACAUGGCCAAUGGGGAGAAGAAGCUAGAGGCUUUCGCGGUGCCUGAGAAAGCCCUGGAGCAGACCAGGCUCACUCUGGGCAUCAACCUCACCAGCAUUUCUGUAAUGAGUGCCAGCAGUAACCCGGGGGUCCUCAGCCUUUCAGCAGGACCUUCAAUGGCCGCCUUCCUCAGCAGCAGCCCGGAGAAGGAGCCCAGCUUUGAAGAUCCUCUGGAAAUGCAUUUUGACUGUUAAAAGAUGUUUGUCUGAUAGUCUCUUACAGGUGAAAAGUUAGGCAGCUACGGUCCUGAUCCACAAGGAAGCGAUAGUUUGGAAAAUCCAGUUUACCUUCAGUUACUGUAAAUCUAAUGAAAUAAGUGUGGGGCUUCUUCAGGUUUACACUUGAGCUAAUUUAGAUAGCAAUUAAUGAAGGCACAUACCUAAACUAUUAGCACUGAUGUUGUACGGCUAAUAUGGCAUAGUUAACAGGUAACAGGUAGGCUUUUACUCCACCAUUAAUCAUUGCAGCUAUAAGUGUAAUGUAUCUCAAACAUUAUUGAGGCUAAUGCUCUACUGUUAAUUGGUGGGUUGUUGACUAAAUUAGCCUUGUAGUUAUAAUGGUCCAAUGAAAAACAAGUAUGUCUAUUUUUACUACAUAAUUUGAACAGACAAACUGUUCCUAAAACUGUGCCAAAUUUUUGUUAUGAACAGACCCAUACAAAUACUUCAAAAUUACCUGAAAUAAACUUGUUUUUAUUGGACAGAGACGAUAUGCUUGUUGGCCACAUUAACUUUAUAGCUAAGCAGGAGGGCUUUCGUUGAUUACCGGCUAAAAUUACUGGAUUACUGGCUUUUUGGGUUUGGGGCAUUUUACUUUAAUUGUGGUGUUUGCCAGAUCCUUUAGGUGUUCAUUCCUGGUGUUUUUGAGGAAUUGGGUUCUCCGGUUCCAAGGGGCCUGCCGUUGUUAAUCAACUGAUUCAGUUAGAUUGACCUCUCAGAUUUACAGCCUGUGAUACUUGGUCUUGGUAUAGAGACUGUUACUUUCUGUAUUUUUGCUCAGUCUGUCCCUGGUCUGGUCAGUCUGUCCCUGGUCUGGUCAGUCUGUCCCUGGUCUGGUCAGUCUGUCCCUGGUCUGGUCAGUUUGUCUUUGGUCUGGUCAGCCUGUCCCUUGUCUGGUCAGUCUGCCCCUGGUCUGUUAAUUUUGUCAUUGGUCAGUGGUUUUUCUGGGUCAGUCUGUGUUUUUUUUGUAGUAAAUGGUGUAUUUUUGGUGAUUUUAAGGAAAGCUCUUAAACUGGAUCUGAUUUUAAUGUUUUAUUUUAUAAUGAAGCACUUCCUGUUUGAAGGCCAGUUCAGGAUGUUUACUGUUAGUUGGUCGGUGGAGUCAGACUAAGUUUCACUGCAGAAGAAUGGGGUCAGUGGUUAAAGGUGGCUGUAUUAAACAAUUAGCGUAAUAGAGCAGAAUGUAGUAGUUCAAGUCCUCCUGAUAUGAGAACAUUUAUUAACACAGAUUCUAGUCCUAGUGAUAUCACUCAUCAGCAUCGUACCUCUCCACUUAAUAAGCUAAUCCCCUCACCUUCCUGCUGAAUGUAGGCCAGUGUGUGAAUGUUCAUUCUUCAGCUGUUUUUUUUUUUGUGGUGAAAGUUUCUAAAAUUGUUUUAAUUUUAAAUGUUUUUUUAUGGUAAACAUAUUAAUGCCCAGAAAUUGGGUCAAUCUCUAUUUAAAUCUAAAAACAAUCUUUAUGAAAAGACAAAGACAAGAAGUUUUCAGGUCACAUGGCCUCUUGAUUAUUAGCAAAACAAAAGGACAUUAUAAUUUAAUGUGACAAAGUAUGAAAAUGAGUUAAAUAACAUACAACUGGUGAUAGUUAUGGGUGUAUAAUAUUUAAUAUUUACAAUAAAAGUACACAUUCACUGUGUAUAUUUGGGGUCCCCCUUUUUUUUUUACAUAAUCAAUCAGUGGUCAGUAUGUGUCAAUAUUAUCAAUAGGAUCAGUAUUGUUUUUUUCAGCUUUGCUAUCUUAGUAGCAGUAAAACUCUGCCAUCACUAGAGGUCAGGAUUGGUUGUUAUUUGGAGAUCUUCAGUUUAUUGGACACUAAGGGUUUAUUUGGGGCUUUUUUUGGGUCGAAUUCUGGUUUGCUAUGUGUGUAUAUCAGUGUGUUGGCUCUGAUUGGUCGUCCUGCAGCAGUAUUGUUUGUGUGUUGUGAGCAGACACUGAGUAAGAUCAGCUCAUGGUUUCGCUCUUGAUUGUAGGCUUAUGUUGCCCCUAAAUGGUCAGUGUAAAGUUUAUCAGGUUAAUUUUCUGACCAUUUGUAUGAAACCUCAGCAUUUAAUUUCCAUUUUCAUCCAUUUUUUAAAUAAAAUUUCUAUUUUUUUUAUUUCUGCACAUCACAGUCUGGUUUUUAGAAACAAUAGAUCUUCACUUGAUUUUUCAAUUUUUGCUGUUAUAUAUAUGUUAUGAACAAAAAAAGUUAUACUGAUAAAUGUUACACUGAUCAUCCUCCUUGAGGGACGUUUGAAACACUAUCUAUAUAUAGGGCUUCGACCAAAUUUCUGGAAUGUUCUGUUAGGUAACCGUUAGCCCAGCAUGUUGUGUAGGAUCGUAGUGUCCUCUCACUUUGAUUCUGUUCUUCUGUCAUUACUUGAACUGUUGAUUCUUUUUUUCUUAAUUUUGGAUUUGUGAGAUCUGAAUUCACUGCCACCUUCAAAUGAUGAAUGCUCAAAAUAAAUUAUAGUUUUUUAUUUCUUGUUUUUCAA